AUGGAUGAGGAUGAGGAUGUCUUGAAAACACAGGAGGAUGGUUUGCGUUCCGAUAUACUGGAACUCAGAGCACAAAUAGAGGAGAAUGAGCUUAUUCAUGGUAUACCUUCGAAAGGGAUGAGUUCUGUAUACAUUCCCAAAGAUCCGGAUUAUUUUCGGCGAGAGAGAAAGUUAAUCUUGCAACGCACAUUGCAAGUACUUGAACCGAAACCUAUCACGUUGCAAGCAGAACUGAUGAUGCAAGAACUGGAUGCCUGUAGUCAACGUGAAUUUACGGAGAAGACUUUACCGAUUCUCUUGCACCAGUAUUUUAUUGACAGGAUUCAUCAAAUAGUUCUUCUAAAACACGGCUAUCUUCUGCGAUGGAAGCGCUAUUGUUCCUCAACUGCAGCCGUAGAGACUAUUCAAUCAGAAUAUCUGAAUCGACUUGAAUACUUGACGAACGAAUAUCUCGACGCAAGUUCACGGGCUCAUAGGCUUGCUUCGACUAGAGAGGGUAUUUUAGCUAAUUCGGACAAUGGCGUGGAGGAUGUAACCGUCGAAGAUUACCAGAUAUAUCUACGGUAUCACUUAUCACAACUCCAGUCUCUUUCCUAUGCAAACCAGUUGUUGAACAAACAGUAUCCAUAUAUUCUGUGCGAAGAUGUCACAAAUGUCGCACCGCGCGGUGGUUCUGAAGCUGGCGGAACUGAGGCGGCAACAGUGAAUUUAACGAAAACGCAAGGGGCAGUCGAACGUGAAAUGUCAGCGCACUCGAUGAGUGCCGAUGAAGGUGAAGCACUUAUAGCGGAAGAAACUGAAACUUUGCGCUCUGGACAGCGUGCUUCCAGUGAAAAGGGUGAAUCGGGAGUUCCUCCAUCCCAACCUGUUGAAGCCGGUGUGAUUUUGGAUGAACUGAAAGCUCUGGAACAGGCACAUGCCGUGAACGAAUCCAUGUUUGACGAGACUAACACAGCCACCACUGCGCGCAGUUUACCGCCUUCAACAAAAAAAAAGUCAUUUCAACGAAAAUCCCUAACAAACGUGGAGGAUUCUGAUGAUCCGCUGCAAGGACGAGGCUCAGAGAUUGCUUCUGCACCACAUCCUCAAAGUCAUUUUCGUUUUUCCGAACAGGCUCCACAGCCCCCAGCCAUGAUGCACGCUGCUGUAGUUGGUGCCAAUGCUCCCUUGCAACCUACAAAAGCAAAUUUGGAUUUGGCAUCCAGUGGUGGCGGUAUUGUGACGAAUGACAAGGUCGCAGCCCCCCCACUGCACUCAAAUGACCUCGAAACACUUCGACCGCAUUUGGUCUACUUUUGUCACGCUUAUGGUAUUCAAAUGAACAUCCAAGCGAUUCGUUCAUCAGCAGACGAAAUGGAGUUGUUUGCAGUGAUAAACAGAAAGUUUCGACAGAUAUUCAGUAGACAAGAGGAAAUGCUUACCUUCAAAACGUAUGACAGCGCAAAAUCUGCUUCUGAACGGUGGGGUCUGGACAGCUGGGUACGCGCUGUGAGAAAACCCAGCAACUGGUUACCCUAUGUAAAGCUUCGACCAAGACGUCACGAAUACCUAGUCAAGCUUACCAUGGAACUUCGAAGUGGGACCGUAGUUGAUGACCUCCUCAAAGCCUCGGCGAACUUUCUCAAAAUGAAAUCCCCGGAGAAAGUGCAAGAUUCUUUACGCCACCACGCAAUGCUUGUGCAACAUCCACCAAUUGUCCAUUCAGCAUCUGUGGUGUCGCAUCGUCAGGGACAGAGCACAGCAGAAAUAUUCAAAAAAAUCUACAACAACUCGGACGUCUUCGGCAAAGCGUCGGCAGAUACGGAUGAGCCCGGUAAACGACAAGACGACUAUGACUUUACACAAGCCAUGCAAAUGUUGGGUUUGGAUGAUGCUACGAAUGCCAAAGACGAUCCGUCUAGUGUUCAAGGCGCCUACCUCUCCUAUCUACACUUGCGCCACCUGAAACUUCGUGAUGUAAUGCGUACGUGCAUUUCCGUGUUGAACUAUUUCCGAUCAAUUGAAAGAACAUUGACCAUAAACGACCAAGGUUUGUCAAUGAAUUCCAGGGGUGGUGUAGAACGCACAAGCCCUCCCAACCACCGUGUUGGAACCGAAGCUCAAGGUCAUAAAGGAGGGGGAAACACGAUCGACGGUCAUGGAUAUUUGUUUAACUCUCCUCAAGAAUUCAAAAUCAAAGAGACCGAAUUUAUGCAGUUCGCAGAAGUGGAUAAUCACGAUGACUUUUACUUCCAUGAAGAAGGCCGUAUUCACGUUCGAGAUCAAGUCGGGUUUUGGAUAGUCUACGACGCUGCUUUGGAAGACUUCAACAAGCUGGAGCAAGACUUACUCUUGUUGGCUACGGCAUUUAUCCAGAGAGACCGUCAAUCUCGGAUGUCUUCAAACACCAAGAAAAAAGGAGUUAAUCAAGAGGCCCAAUCGAGCGACUUGGAUAUUGCGAGGUAUGCGCAUCGGGAUGUUGAUCGUUUCGGUGUAUUGUACGACAUAUGGAUCAACGAAUGUGCAUUCCAGCAGGCAAAGCAAAAGCUCAUGGAUGUGUACAUGGAAGUUUAUGGUCACAUCAUAUCCAGGGACAGUAGAAGACGCCUUGCACAAAUCAUGACCAAUCUAAUGUACCAGAGGCCAAGACUGGAUUUGAAUGAAUCAUACUUUGUUCUGGCUUACCGAUAUGAGUGUGCAAUUUUGCGGCAAAGAACGGAAAUCAUGCGUUGUAUUUUGAACCACCAGAUAUUAAACCAACGGGAGUAUUUGAAGAAGAUUCAUGUGGAGAAACCAGAAUUCGGCCUACCUCCACCACUAUUGGAACGCUUUCCGAUCGCAGUCCAUUCAGAUGAAACGUUGCUGACACCUGUUUAUCUAUUGGAAUUCCAUCCAUCACUCUCCUGCGCACCGAGUUUGGCCGCUGCAAUGGACCAAAGCGUACAGCAACUAUAUGAGCUUUUCACGCCGAACCAUCCGAUGCAGGAGAUUGUUUUGGAGAAGCGAUUUUAUGACUUUUUACGUUACGAAGUCGAAACCCUUAAACCACUCGGUGGAUCCUACACAGCUCAGCUACAGCGCGAUCUAUUCUCCUCCUACUUUGUCGAAGAUGCCAUCCAAAUGUGUGAACUGUCCAAUCAGCACCUUGCAGCUAUUCAGAACCGCAAUUCCCGAGGAGACAAGAAGACUAGACAAAUGUACCUGCUGAAUGAACUGGGUCGCCUCCUAGAUCUUGUAACGCUGCGGCAUCGUCUGAUCGAUUGUAUGUGGGAGUGUGAAGUACUGUCAAAAAUAUACUUAACAGUGGCUCAUGAAAUGGGUUUCGAUGACUUUCACCUGUUCAUUCGUCCUUUGCAAUUCGAGGCGGCCAAGUAUAAAGAGGGUGCAGAUGACCUCCGACCACCUAUAUAUAUAACGGCGGUACAAGAUGAUGAUUCAAUGUUAGACAAGUUUCUACCAUCAGCUCUUCCGCUUGCUAUCCAUGAAUUAGACGAAACGCACGUAGGAAAGUUUUCAUUCCGAGGAAAAGUGACCAUCAUGGAGAUGCUCGAGACACGUGGAGUUGAAAAUAUGCUGACAAUCCUAAAAGUACAGACUGCUCAUAAGAAUGCCCUCACCGCAUCCGUCAUGCUGGCCUACAAUGCCCGCCCCUCUUUCUAUACAAUGCAUGCGCCGAAAACCAAAACCGGCAUACUAAGGCCUUCAAACACUGGAGCCAAUCUAAUCAGUUACACGGGAUUGAGCGGCACGCAAGUCGGGCCCACACCUUUGGCGCUGGAGCGAUCAAAACACCAGUUGAAUGCCGAUUAUCAUCCUGAGGCAUUCUUUUCUAUCCAGUUGGAAAAGUCUCCAAGUCGUGACAGAACGCAGAAUGCGUUUAUCAAACGCACUCAAGGUGGUGGAAUCGCUUCUUCGAAGAGCUCUGUGGAGAGCGAGAAAAUGAAACGAGAGUUCAUUUCACAAUUUUGCAUGGACUUUGGUCAGCGAACUCAGCACAUUUCACUGCGGGCGCAAAUUAUUUCUACCUAUAGCUCAAUCCUAACAAUCUUGGAGAAAGUUCCCACAGUAACUGAGGACUUCUUCGUAAUUGGUUAUGCGUUCGAGAAAAAGAACCCAGAAGAUGACCUUGACGUGCAAGUGACCGAUCCAAGGACCCUCCGCACACGGCCAAGACGAGUUCUCUCAACAGAUGGCACAAAACUUUACAAUUUCUGGUUCAUUCCACAUUUUAUUGAAGUGUUGUUCAUAUUCCGACACUUGGAUGAUCUGUCAUGCACGAAGGCACUCCAGCGCAUGGCUCGACUCGCGUGUGUACUGCAUGAUAUCCUACAUUAUCUGAUCGCUUAUGCUCGUCUUGGAAUUAGUUCGGCGAAAAUUACGCCUGAACAACGACAACAGGUUAUCGCCGGCUCACAAAAGCACGGUGGUCAGCAAUGGCGUACCGCAACUCGUGGCGCUCUACCAACAGCCGCUGAGGUCGCAGCCAAUAUUGCAGGGACUACGAGCGCCGAAACGUUUGUAGCACAGUUGUCUUCUGCCGGAACUAUCCCAAGCAUGAAUAUGGCCCUUUCCUCUCCCGCCUUAUCAGUCACUCCACUCGACCUAAGCGUUCAUGGACGCAGUCUAGUGGUUGAUCAAAUCAUCGCUACCGAACUUCGGGAGAUCCAGUAUCAGAUCAAUCGUCUUCCGGAUCCGACUGAUCCAGAACAAGUUAUUCAAAUGUUGGAUCUGAGACGGGACGUGAUGUUUCUGCAGUUUGAUGUUUGUAUGCGAACAAUUCUGCGCGAAACAUUUCUUGCUGCAGGAAAUGUUGAAGCCUAUAAGGAAGUGGUGGAAAACAGUCAUUUUCCAUUGUCAGAAUUAUCCGACGUUCAACGACCAUGCCUAAAUGCGAUUGAAAUGAACGUCCCUGAGCCACUCGAGGCUCGUGACGAUCAGGCGAAAGCCCUUUUCCCAUGGCGCUCACUAAUGAACAGGUGUGGACCAUUCUUGUUGUUUUGUUUCGGUCCAUCGACUAUCGAGUACAACAUCCAUCUUUGCAUGGCUGGCCUCAAACCCGUAGACAGGCCAACAGUGCAUGGUGAAUUGUUGGCAAUGAAUCUUUGCCUGGAAGAUGUUCUGGACGUUGGUGACAUCCCGGAAGCUAAAGCUGGUGAACCGAUGCCAAUCCAACAGGCAGAAAAUAUGCAUUGUAUGCUGGGCAAGCGCACGCGUGACCGUCGUCGUGAAAUCCCUCCCCCUAACGCAGCAUCACCAACUGGGACUGGUGGACCUGCAAGUACUCCAGGCUCUGUGGCAGGUACUACGAACCCAGCAAACGCCACUGGGACAAGCAUCAACACCAUGAAUAUUACUCAUAGCAGUGAAACCCAAGGACAAAAGAGCUCAACGCACGGUGGUGCCGGAGGAACGGGACCUUUGACAACCACUCCGGACAAAACACCAAAGUUGAGCACGCUGGAUUCACCAGUUGCCGCCUAUACUCUUCUAAAGAAGUUCCUCAUUCUCUGGAAACGAGUCGAAUUGCUAAAGUAUGCAUGGGGUCGACGACGCUUGGGUGUGGAAUCCAUCAAUAAUCCGAACUUAUUCAAAACAUUCUGUUCUAUUUACAAGCGGGAGAAACUGUACCCGUUAAUCCGGAGCCUUGCCAUACAAUACAGACAACCGGAUAUGUACGCACUUGGCCCGUUGGAUGCCACUGACAUCAUUGUUAUGCCAAAGGGCAUACCGGAAAUGGUAGUACGACAAAGACAGCUUCUGAAACUGAUCGAAGCGUUCGAAUUCUACAUGAUUGCUGACCUUCGCAAAUUGCUUUUAAGGCAAACCGACCUGGUCAUCAAGGAGAGAAACCGCGAAGAAGGAAAUCUGCCUCUGGAAUUAUGGAAACGUCCGCUUCUGAAACUGAUCGAAGCGUUCGAAUUCUACAUGAUUGCUGACCUUCGCAAAUUGCUUUUAAGGCAAACCGACCUGGUCAUCAAGGAGAGAAACCGCGAAGAAGGAAAUCUGCCUCUGGAAUUAUGGAAACGUCCGGCAAUGAAAGAGACACUGUCAGUGAAAAGGCCUGGGUUGGCUGAUGAAUUUCUGGUCGAGCUGAUGUCGCACCUGGAACAAAACGCCAGAAACGAUACCUACAUCAUCACAAAGGAUAAGUUGAACGAGGUGUUGCAAACUGUGGCCAUCUCGGUGAUGCGCACGCAACGUGAAUCCUACGAGAAUUACUCAAUGUAUUACGAAAACUUGCUGAAGAAUCAACACAGCCUACUGUAUGCCAAAGAACGUGAAAUUGAAACUUUGAAAGAAACCUUGAGACAAAACGAACUGGAAACAAAUGUAACGGUGCAAUUUCAAAUGUCUGAGCAAGCACACAAUCUUCUGCUAGAGGUGACUGCUUUGCGAGCGAAGAUAGCGGAGCUGGAGGACAUCAAUCUUAAGACAGAAGCAAAAGUUCGCAAUCGCGUGCGAAGAGAAUUCAGUGUGGCGAUGCGCAAGUUAUUCGGGCUCAGUUUUGAACAAAAAUCUCGCAUUGACCAAUAUCGUGACCAUUUACAUGCAAUCACGCUGCAACGGAUUGCCGAAGUUCGUGAAGAAGCCUCAGCUGAGAUGGCUCGAAUCAAGGAACGCAGCGGAGCAAGAGCUUCAGCAGAGGAUGAACUAGCCGAACGAAAUCUCCGCCUCUCUCGUGAGGUCAAUACACUGCACCAAAGAAACAUCGGGCUCCAGCAGAUGAUGAGCCGUCUCCGUGUCAUGGCCCACUGGCAACAAACUACACUGCGGUGUGCAUUUGAAAAACAGAUCAGUGGUGUCGAGGAACAACGUAAUCAGAGCAAGAGUCAAGUUACGCGGCUCGGUAUCCUAUCAGAACAGCGAGUGAGGAUGCUGAAUGAAGAGAUGUCAAAACUACGAGAUCAUUUGUCUAACACAGAAAAGCAUCUGAAUGAUAUGCGAAAAGCCCUUGAUAAGGAGAUGUCGGACAAAGUUGAAAAGCGACAUGCAGCUGAACGCAAAGCAGCAACAGAUAAGCAAAUGGCGAUGGUGAAGCAAAUGCACAUUGACCAACUGAUGGCCGAGAUCGCUGAGAAGAAUGCAACUCUGGAAAAGAUGGGAUCACUGUUGGACGCAAGUGCGAAAUCCAAGAAACAGGAAGCCGAUAAAUCCGUACGUGAAGUCGAUUUGUUGCGCAAGCAAUUACGUGAAGAGCGGAAACUGAAGAAGUCGGCUAUCCACAAGGUGGACGACCUAAUGUCACAGCUUUACGAAUUCGAGACUGCCUACUCUUCUGGUCAAAAUCGACCUGGAGUCAACCUACCAACUGUGGCCCCUAAGGGUGAAGCAACAGCAGGGGGAGCCAGAAAAUUGUCUGCCGAAAUACAACGACCGUACGAGGAUUUGGUGGCUAAGAAGUCGGGACCAUAUACUUCGAAACACUAUCUACGAUUUCGACAGGAAACAACUCGUGUUCCACAACUUCGUGAACGACUCGCACAGCAAAUCUUGAGAAACGGCUCAGGUCAAACGCACAUGCACUUUCUCCGGACGCAUGACUAUUCGGAAACGGAAUAGAGCUACUUGGAAUUCAAUCGAACUCCACCCCAUCGACGACCAAAGCCGUUCAGUCAACGCGAAGCACCUUAUUCAUUUUGCAGUAAUGAACAAUCCCUGUACCCAUGAAACACUUAGCGAUCCAGCAAAGAUCAUAAAUUC